CAUCCUGAAAGUGGUUUGGCUCUCGGAGCGGCAGAGUUGCAGCUGACAACAUCGCAGGGGGGCAACUUCAACUUCUCCUCACUCCACUCCACUACGUGGCCCUUUGGAAACACACCCCGUCGUCAUUUUCCCUAUUUAAAAGGAAUGUUCAUUUUGAAUUUUUCCCAAAUAACGUUUGAGGCGACACAGAAAAACGCGGCUUGAAGUGGCAGGCUUCUGGGGGGGUUUUUGGGGUGAGAGGGGGGGGGGGGGUUAUGCGUCCUCAGUCUACUGGCAAAGAGCCGAGAGCGAGAGUCCUAUCCGUCAUUUCCCAUCUGAAGACAUGUUGUGCUGGACUCUGCCCGACUGCAAAGCGCUGCUGCUGACCGUGCUCCUGUGGGACCACCUCUGUGCCCUGGGACUGAAGCCCACGAGAUGGCCGCUGUAUUCACAAAAGCCUCUGGUCCUCGCGUGGAAUGCCCCGACCGAGGACUGUGGCCCGCGGCACGGGAUUCGCUUUCAGCUGGACCUUUUCCAGAUUGUGGCCUCUCCCAACGAGGGCUUCGUCAAGCAGAACCUCACCAUCUUCUACAAGGACCGCUUAGGCUUGUACCCCUACUUUGAACCAGAUGAAACUGCGGUGAACGGGGGGCUGCCGCAGAUGGCCAGUCUCACCAAACACCUGGAUAAGAUGCCGGAAGGUGUGCAGAAGUACAUAAGGGAACCAGGGGCAAAGGGUCUGGCCGUCAUCGACUGGGAGGAGUGGCGCCCGCUCUGGGUGCGUAACUGGGAGAACAAAAACGUGUACCGCAGUCAUUCGCGUGAGUUGGUCCGACAGAAGAACCCCAAAUGGCCCGAGGAGCAGGUGGCACGAGUGGCCCUGCAGGAGUUCGAGAUGUCCGCCAGGAAGUUCAUGCUGGAGACGCUGAGGUACGCCAAGAGCCUGAGGCCCAACCAGCUGUGGGGUUUCUACCUGUUCCCCGACUGCUACAACCACGACUACGUGCGCACGCUGGAGAACUACACGGGCCGCUGUCCCGACGUGGAGGUGUCCCGCAACGAGCAGCUGAAAUGGCUGUGGACCGAGAGCACGGCCCUCUUCCCCUCCAUCUACAUGGCGCCGGCGCUGCGCUCCUCGGACUUCGGCCGCCAGUUCGUCCGGAAUCGGGUGAAGGAAGGGAUGCGCCUGGCGUCGUCCGGCGACGGGUUGGCCCGCCCCGUCUUCGUGUACGCCCGGCCCACCUACGCCAACUCCCUGGAGCGGCUGACGGAGACCGACCUCGUGUCCACCAUCGGGGAGAGCGUGGCUUUGGGAGCAGCCGGAAUCAUCAUGUGGGGAGACGCGGCUUACGCGAGCAGCAGGAACAGCUGCUCCGAGCUGGACUCUUAUCUGCGGGGCGCGCUGGGUCAGUACCUCCUCAACGUCUCCACGGCGGCCGAGCUGUGCAGCCGGUCGCUGUGCGCCUCCCGCGGCCGCUGCCUGCGCCGAAACCAGGACAGCGACGCGUACCUGCACCUGAGCCCCGUCAGCCACAGCAUCCUGGCGCCGCGCGGCAAGCCGCCGGUCGUCGUCGUCGGCGAGCUCGGCGAGGACGAGAAGGGGCGUCUCCGGAGCCAGUUCCGGUGCCAGUGCUACGGCGGCUACCAGGGAGAGCGCUGCGAUCAGACCGACCCCCUGCACCAGCGGGCGGCGGCGGCGGCGGCGUCUCCAGUGGCGCCGUGCUCGGCGGCCCUGCUGCUCGUCUCUCUGCUCCUCUGUUAGGGGCCGUAGGUGGACAUGUGGGAAUGUCAAGGAGGGAAGAGUGUCCUUUUAAAAAAAAAAAAAAAAUCUUUCAAUUGCUGUAAGACAUGGAUGACACAACGGGAAAUUGUAUGAGAAACACUGUUGGACUUUUUCUCAGACAACGCGGGGCUCGCUGGAAAUGACCUAGUUUACUCGGUGUCUUUUCGUCCAGUUUGACAAGGUGUCAAAUUCUGCGUUUCUCAUAGAAAGGAAAAGUUUUUGUGUGUGGGGGGGGUUUGUAUGAGGAACAAGUAAAUGUAUGUCUGAUAAAAGUGGAAGUGAUGCACUUAUGUAGUAAUAUCACAGUAUAUAUUUGAAGUGCCUGAUGUUUUUUCAACAUGUCCACUGAGAUCUGAACGUUUUUCUGGAGGCAAUUGCUGUGUUACUAUUUAUUUUGAAUGUAUUUGUGGGUGUUUUAUAUGAUAUUUGUGUCCAAACCAUGACUACUAGCUUUCUUUUCAUAACAGUCCUUUCUGUAUUUCAGAAACUAUUUCAUGUCACAAUGUAAAAAGCAAAUACUGACACUUUGUAUGUUCCACAAUUGCUCUUACAUAACCGCCUCUCUGUGGUGAUUUCUAAACAUUGACUUUUGUCCAAGUGAGUAAAAGUCACUGUUAAUGUCCAUGUGUCAUUUCUUUUGAGAUAAAACAACAUUUUGAAGG